AUGUUGAAUGCCUCGUCGACGGACUCGCUAGCGCAGGGUUCUGCCUUCUCGCGUUCACAGCUGACGCAUACGGAUUCAGCACUGCCUCGUAUCGUGGCAAUCACAUCGGUCGUGACUGAGACGGUUCAUCCUACGUAUGUCUUCACCGAGGUGAUUACGGAGACGACGGAAACUUCCAUGACGAGCACGAUUAGGCCGGAGCUAGAGACGAGCUCUUCCGAAUAUGUGCAACCGGACACGGUUCAGUCGAGCGCGAGUCAAACACAGAUGGCGGAGCCAGGCACGUCAACAUCAUCAAUGACCCAAUCCACUAUACUGUUACCCGCCACAACCCAGUCACCGUCUCCGUCGUGGACAUCUAGUCUAAUGACCCCCUCGACACAACCCAUGGAUGACUUGACAAUUUCCCACUCUCCCUACACAGAGAGACCGGAGCCGAUGCUCCCUUUUUCCGGGCACCCUACUGCGGAUGCCCAAACGAAUCCAUGGGACCCGCUGCCAGUGGGCUCAUCCUUGGCUUCAUCUCCACUCCCCAGCAGCACGUUCUCAUCAACCACAUUAUCAACAGCAAUAUUAAGUACGACAAGCAUUCAGACCACUACCUCAAGCACCCAGACAAGCUCAAGCACCCUGACUCCGUCAAGUCUUCCUCAAAUUGUCACAGCCCCCAUCCCAUCAAGCCUAUCGUCAGCCUCUUCUCCUUUAUCAUCUACCUCCUCAUCUUCGCCUUCCUCAUCAUCAAUAGCAGGAAUUAUCUCAGGCUCAGUCUACAGCGAGGGCCCAGCGAACCAAAACAAAUCUUUCUCCCAUCACGUGGGGGCCAUUGUCGGUGGCACAGUUGGCGGCACCGCCUUCAUCGCCCUAGGCCUACUCGCAUGCUUCCUCUUCUUCCGCCGUAGGCGACGAAGGUGUACGGUCCACCGCCAAGGUAGUCCCGGAAAGAGAUUGCUUCGCACUAGUGACUCGAUGAGUUCCAUUCGUGGCCUGCAUGGCCGUCAAUUCAGCCAGCCCUCGUUCCCUAUCGCACGCACCACUAUCCCCUCGGCCCCCAUAUUCCCGGCGAGCCGGAACUCCAUGCCACCCGGCCCCCGCCCCAACCCAACCAUGGCAGCAUCCAACCAAGACCUCUCCCUCGACAGGAUGUACCCUCGGAGCAGAGAGCAGCAUGAUACUUUCGCCGACCCAGAAGACGGCCUUGUGUCCCCAAUCAUCCAACUCCACCCACCCUCGUGCACGGUAUCCAACUACUCUCCCCAUUCCUCAUGCGAGGGAGGGCUGGAGUUCGUCAAGGGCGACGACUACGAUUCGUCGGCCCGUACUUCCAGGUACGAGAGCAUCUAUUACCCGGACGAGAGCACUAUCACACUGCCUUUCCCCCACCCCCGCACCAACUGGCUGUCUCCGCACUGCCACGACAACUCGAAGACGCGCCUCAGCACGCGCAGCGAUCCAUUUGAUCUGGAGACACCGCUAAAGGCAUUGCACGAGUGGCCUCCUCUACCGCCGCGGCCUACGGCGAGGGGCGAUAACUUCUAG